CGGGUCUCAGCCGUCACACCCUAUAGGUUUGAUGGGAUUUGUUUGAGAGGUUUGGAUCCUGACAGUUAAGAGCUCUCGGAGACUCCCAGCCCCCUUCCUUUUUAUGGCCGUCUCAGUUUGCAGGUUAGGUCUCUGAGCCUCACCUGUAAAAUGGGGUCAUUCCCCACCUCCCAGGUUUGCUGCGAGAAGGAAAUGAUUGUACUGAAAGCCCAGCGCUCAGCAUGGUACCAAGUGCAGAGCGAGCACCUGUCCUGGCAGGAGAACAUCUCCUUGAAAGAGCUCCAGAGCCGAGGCGUCUGCCUGCUGAAGCUGCAGGUGUCCAGCCAGCGGACCGGGCUGUACGGACAGCUCCUGGUCACCUUCGAGCCCCGGAGAGGCGCGUCUGCAGGAGUGCUUCCCAGUAACAGCUUUUCUUCUGGUGAUAUCGUGGGUCUGCACGAUGAAGGCGGUCAGCUGGCCACUGGGAUCCUGACCCGGAUCACCCAGAAAUCGGUCACCGUGGCCUUUGACCAGUCCUGUGAUUUCCAGCUGAGCUUGGACCGAGAGAAUUCCUACCGACUGUUAAAACUUGCCAACGAUGUCACUUAUAAGCGACUGAAAAAAGCUCUGAUUGCCCUGAGGAAGUACCACACCGGCCCCGCGCUCUCACUCAUAGAGGUCCUGUUCGGUGACGCAGCCCCCAGCCCUGCCAGCGACAUACAGGUGCCGACCUUCUACAACGCCUCCCUGGACGCCUCCCAGAAGGAAGCGGUUUUGUUUGCACUGUCCCAGAAGGAGCUGGCCAUCAUCCACGGGCCUCCUGGCACCGGGAAGACCACCACUCUGGUGGAGAUCAUCAUUCAGGCUGUGAAACAGGGCCUCAAGGUCCUGUGUUGCGCACCCUCCAACAUCGCUGUGGACAACCUGGUGGAGCACCUGGCCCGGAGCGGGCGGCGGGUGCUGCGCCUCGGGCACCCCGCCCGGCUCCUGGAGUCCAUCCAGCACCACUCGCUGGACGCGGUGUUGGCGCGCAGUGACGGCGCCCAGAUCGUGGCGGACAUCAGGCGGGACAUCGACCAGGUCUCCGUGAAAAUUAAGAAGACCCAGGAUAAGAGAGAGAGGAGUAAUUUCCGAGACGAAAUCAGGCUGUUGAGGAAGGAGCUGAAGGAGAGGGAAGACGCUGCGAUGCGGGAGAGCCUCACGGCAGCCGACGUGGUCCUGGCAACAAACACGGGUGCCUCUUCCGACGGCCCCCUGAAGCUGCUGCCCGACGGCUACUUCGACCUAGUGGUCAUCGACGAGUGCGCCCAGGCCCUGGAAGCCAGCUGCUGGGUCCCCCUGCUGAAGGCCAGCAAGUGUGUGCUGGCCGGGGACCACAAGCAGCUACCCCCCACCAUCGUCUCUCCCAAGGCUGCGCAGGCGGGCCUGUCCCUGAGCCUGAUGGAGCGCCUGGCUGACGGGUGCGGGGCGGAGGCGGUGCGGAUGCUGAUGGUGCAGUACCGCAUGCACCAGGCCAUCGCGCGGUGGGCCUCGGAGGCCCUGUACCACGGGCAGCUCAUGGCACACCCCUCCGUGGCGGAGCACCUCCUGCGGGACCUCCCGGGAGUAGCUGCCACGGAGGAGACGUGCCUGCCCCUGUUGCUCGUGGACACAGCUGGCUGCGGGCUGUCGGAACUGGAGGGGGAAGAUGACCAGUCUAAAGGGAACCCCGGUGAGGUGCGCCUCGUCAGCUUGCACAUCCAGGCUCUGGUGGACGCUGGCGUCCAGGAGCGCGACAUCGCUGUGAUCACGCCGUACAACCUCCAGGUGGACCUGCUCCGACAGAGCCUUGCUCUCAGGCACCCUGAGCUGGAAAUCAAGUCGGUCGACGGCUUCCAAGGCCGUGAGAAGGAGGCCGUGGUCCUGUCCUUCGUCAGAUCCAACAGGAGAGGUGAAGUUGGCUUCCUUGCCGAGGACCGGCGGAUCAACGUCGCCGUCACCCGCGCUCGGCGCCACGUGGCCAUUGUCUGCGAUUCUCACACCGUCAGCAACCACGCCUUCCUGAAGACCCUGGUGGUUUAUUUCACGCAGCAUGGAGAGGUGCGCACGGCCUUUGAGUAUCUUGACGACAUCAUCCCUGAAAACUAUUCCCACGAGAGUUCCCAGGGCCACGGCCAAGCUGGUGUGAAGCCCCAAGGUUCUGCCGCAUCUGCCAGGAAGCCUGGAAGCAGGCGGCCGGAAGGAGGCCGGGAAGCCAGGGUGGCCCAGAAGGCGCCGCAUGGGAAGCCCUUGGGCUCUGAGGCCCAUUCUCAGCCCAGCCUCAACGGAUGCAGCCCCAAGGGAGUGGGGAGCAGAGACAACGCAGCUCACUUCAGGGCUGUGAUCGCCGAGUUUGUGGCGAGUGAGCAGACGCAGUUGGAGUUUCCUGCGUCCCUGAACUCACACGACAGGAUGCGCAUCCAUCAGAUAGCGGAAGAGCACGGGCUGAGGCACGACAGCGCCGGGGAAGGGAAGAGCAGGUUCAUAACCGUGAGUAAGAGAGCUACACCGGCCACGCCGGCCACGUCAGCCACACCGGCCACGCCAGCCACGUCAGCCACGGCGCCAACACCGGCCCCGCCACCCCCAGCAAUGACUGACAGCAAAGCCCCUCUCCAUCCGGAGCCCCCCAGCCCCGCGCAGGCGGAGCCCCCCGCCCAAGAGCCGAGCAGCGUGGAUCUGCGGGCUGUGCACCUGGAGAGACUGCAGAGGGAGAGGGGCCGGCGGGAGCAGCAAACCAAGGAGGGGCCGCGGGCCGCGGGCUCCGGGCUGCAGCGGUUACCAGGAAGGAAAAAGAAGAAAGGUGCAGGGCCCGCGGCUGUGGACCUCCCUGCCUCGGAGGACUUCGACACCCUGGUCUCUGCCGCUGUGAAGGCCGACAGCACCUGCGGCCUCGCCAAGUGCAGGGCCAGCGUCGCGACUCUGGGCCAGCUCUGCCCCCACUGCAGCCGCCGCUACUGCCUCGGCCAUUGCCUGCCCGAGAUCCAUGGCUGCGGGGAGAGGGCUCGCGCCCACGCCCGGCAGAGAAUCAGCCGGGAAGGAGUCCUGUUCCCCGGCAGUGGGACCAAGGACAGGUCCCUGGACCCAGCCAAGAGGGCCCAGCUGCAAAGGAGGCUGGACAAGAAGCUGGACGAGCUGACCGGCCAGCGGAAAAGCAAAAGGAAGGAGAAGUGAUGCCCUCCCCCCCCCACCCCCCACGGGGCCUGCAGACCUUGUCCUUGAAAAUAUGGGAGAGGGGCGAGCGGGCUGUUCCCGGGUGCUUUCUGUUCCUUGUAGCUGCUCUGUUGACAGCGCAACCCCGCUGUCCCCACCAGGCUGCACGAGCGAGGGCCUCUGGGAGGAAGGGGGGCCUCUGGGAGGAAGGGGGCUUUCUUGGGGCUGCGCUGGGGGCCCAGGAACACUCACCCUCUUCCUCACUCCCAUGUGGAUCAGUUCCCAGUCCCCUUCCCUCCUAGUCAAAACUCAGAUUCCAGCGUCGGAAUCUUGGGGUGCUGCCAUGAGGGACAGGAAGCCUUUGUUUCCUUGGAGAUGUGCCUGGGCCCAUCCACUGUCAGGGGCUGGCCAGCUUUCCGCCCCUCGGGGUGAGGCAGAGCCCUUGAAAACCCAGCGAAUACCCUCAGGGACAGCACCUGCGAGUGCGGGCGUUUUUCCUGCGGGUCCUCCGUCUUCUGUCCCCUGUGCCUGCGGUGACCCCACCCUGACCCUGCAGGGCAGGACGCAGCUCUGGCGGGUCCCUGCUCCUGGGACGUCUGGAGGGCCACACUGGGGUGCAGAUCACGGAGGCUCCCAGCCCGUGCAGCCCUCCCUUGGUGCUGAAAUGGCUGCUCCCUGGGGGACCUUCUUGGGAACGAGCCAUCCCCGAGUCAGCGUUGCUGGCACGUACAAAGCCGGGGCCCUGUCGGGGGGCUCUCCACUGUCCUUCACCAACUGCUUUAUUUAUUGCCUCAGGCAGAUGUAUUAUUUUAACCCCAGAGUUUUAUUUGUUCAGAGUGAUGUAAAUUAUUUAAAAAUUAAAGGUAUGUGCACACUG